AUGGCGAUGCCUCUCGCCUUUCCGUUUUCCAACCGAUUUCAAACGGAUACCGAAAAUGCCGAAAGCAACGAAACAAACGUAAAGAAGAAACGUUUCGAACGGGAAUUCGCGGAGCGCGAUCUUUGGCCAUUCAAACUACAAUGGUCCUUCGGGAUAAAUCCGGCAGUACCGGUGAUAAAUCUAACUGCGGAAAAUCAUGUGCUAGUGGCAUACGCCUGCUCGCAUGCUGCGAUGAUCUACAACUGCAGCUCGCGGAAGAUGUCACCGCUUCUGGGCCACCGAAAUGCUGUGAGAACGUUGUCGACCACGCGAGAUGGCAAGUGGCUGCUGACAGCGGAUUUUGAACAGGAUUGCGUGACUGUGAUUUGGGACACGGAGAAAUGGCGAGUGUUUUCCUCGGAGAUUGUUUUGCAAAACUAUUUUCCUUGCUUACCGUCGGCAAUGGAAAGUGUCAGAACGUAUAUUUCUGGCUGUGGACUCAUGGAAAAGACAGGCCAAAUGCAUCACUUUUCAUUGGUCGACACUACGUCUGAACGUGUCAAGGAAAUAACUUUUAAUGACGAACAUUCAGAACAGUUUGCAUUGACGACCGAUUACCACGUUCUAUUCCUAACUUGGGUUCUUCUCAAAUUUGAUAAACAAGAACGGUCACAUUUUAAGCUGCGAUUAUCCCCAAGUCUUGGCGAAGUUUCGACGUAUUGGAAUCUUCAAUGGAUCCUGCUACGUUCCAAAGUGCAACAAGUAUUUACAGCGACUACAAAUGGAUGCAUCUUGGUGUGGGGCGAUGUUUCUCGCAAGGAGAAUCGCGCGAUCGAUGAUUCCAAAUACAGAAAAAAGAAACACAUAAAGACUGUCAAUUUGCAGAAGAGCAACAUUACUGUUAUUAUUAAUAACGAGGGCAUGCUCGUUACGGGAAAUUCGAACGGUCGCGUUACAUUCUACGAUUAUCAGUUGAGACUCUUGUACUGGUGUGAAAGUUGUGAUCUCGAUUCCAUUCGAUGGAUUAGCUUCGAUCUUCGAGCCAUCGAUUCAUCUAAAAAGCAUCAAGAUAACGGCAAAAUAAAAAUAGCAACUGCGUCAAAACUCAUUACAAAUGCGGAACAUGGUCAACGAAACUACAAGAGCGAUAAAUCCAUAGAUAAGGCAACUAAUGAGGCAAAAUCAAGCAAUUUGCCAACGGAUGCUACUAUACACAGCUCUCCAUUUAAUGUCCGAAAUUUUCUUGCAUGCUCCUCUGCAGGAAGAAUAGCAUUAAUAGAAAUUGCAAAGCAGAAAUGUCGUCUUGUGUUACAGCCACUUGCUACCGUGACUAGUCUAGACGCUCAUCCAGAAAGCAAUUACGUGAUUGUGGGAGACGCGCAGGGCGCUGUACACUUGUACAACUUCGAUAAGCGCAUUCUGACGUCAUCCAGGAGCACGCCGUCUCUUCCGGACUUCCGGCCAGUUCUCAAAAAACAGGAAACCGACAGAAACUUCAUUUACGUCACGUGUCCGCAGAACCACGAAUCCUUGAAAGCCGUCACCGCUCUAAAGUUCUCACCGAGAUGCGAUAUGCUGGCGUGCGGUUUAGAGAACGGGACGAUUUGGAUUCUACAUUAUAUCACUUUGGAUCCUCUAGACGAGAUACCGUACAAGCACUCUUCAGUAGCCGUUAACAAAAUCGUGUUCACACCAGACGCCGAAUAUAUGGCUUACUCGGACAACGCAUUGACAGUGGUGGUAUUCAAAAGGAACGACAUCGCCGCUUCAAAGGAGCGCAACCUGUGGAAUUUGAUCGGAAAGUAUCACUCGCAUUAUCUGCCUAUCAGAGACAUACUUUUUGGCCCGCCCGCGUCCGAUUCUCGUAUACCGCGAUUUUUCUCCUUGGGAGAAGAUCGAGAGCUCGUCGAGUAUGAUUUGGAACGCAGCGGGCCGUAUCCUGCGCCAGGACUUCAAAUCCUACGCAUUGAUCAGGUUGAACAGAGCGCCAUUCCCCUCUGCCUGGCGUGGUAUCCUGGAUUCGGCACCGAAGGAUUCCUCAUGCUCUCAAAUUCGGAAGUAAUACGCUCUGUGAUGCUCAUUGCACGAACAAGGCGUGAUCUCUUAUUCGUAAUUGCAUAUAAAUACAAAAUCUUCAGCGACGUCACCAAGAUGGUUCGCGGUACUUAUUUAGGGCCGACGUUUGGAGAACCAGUGCAACACUUGCAGGUUUUAAAGAAGAAAUCUCGGGACAACGAUUAUAUGGUAUUCGCAACGGACAGAGAAAUCGGCCUACAGUUGCUGCCUCUGGACGGCAAUCCUUACAGGAUCGUCAGUGUAACGGGCCAUCCGCAAAAAAUAACAGGCAUCUCCGUCAGCAACAACAGAGAAAUGAUGUUUACCGCAGGCUAUAACGAUCCGUGUGUUUUAAUGUGGAAAAUCAGACUCAGGUCCGUUGACACAAUGGCGCAAUUAGGCGGCGAAGGACUCUCGCCGUUUCAUCGUCUUAUUAAAGACGGGCUGAUAAACGAGAUAAAAGACCUGUUCUACUACACGCAGAUAUUACGUCAAGAAUGUACGACCGCUCCUAAAAUCGUUUCUGACACCAUCGGUGUCGAACAGAUCUCGAAUCUCAUGCGAGCUAUUGGAUAUUUUCCGACUAACAAAGAAGUAUUCUUUGCGUAUAAUGUUACACGAUGUCCUAAAAGCCUUGAUUUUAAUUUCAGUGAUAAACUCUUUGAUAUAGCAGACGAUUUUUUUAAUAUUAACGUUAAAUAUUAUUUCUUGUGUCUUAAAAGUAUAUUUAUAUCGAAUAAUGAGCUUUUAUUUCUCAUUAAAAUUGUAAAGUCCUGUUUUUUAAGACAUUGUAUAUGUCAUGUUGAGGCAGAAUAUUUGUUGAAACAAAUUUUAUUUAAGAUAGAGAAUAUCAUAGCGGAAGUGUGUUACAAAUAUUACGUCGAAACCGGCGAACUUGUCAAAGAAGUCACCUUCGAGGAAUUUGUGCGACUUUAUGUGAAUCACCGACCGGUGUUUGAACUCGGUAUGCAUCAGAUAAAAGAAGCUUUUCGUACUUUCGUCGAAGAGAAUUUUAACAGUGUGGAAACUCCUACUUUAACGCGAGAGCAGUUUAUGAAUAUUUUAUUCGGUAUUUUGACAGAAGACAGUAAAGCUAUCGGUGAGUCCAUUAGUUGAUUCGCUCAUUAUUAAUUGAUUUUGUCGAAAAUACAAGUCUGGUUUUAAAUCUUUACUGUUGUAUUUUGACGUAGAAUUCAUUAAUCUAUCAAAUUUAGUUUUACAUUAUCUGUGCUUUCAUUCAAAACAAUUGUUAAACAAUUAUACUAAUUAAUAUUGUAACACUACAUUUUAAAUAUUACAACAAAAAUAACUUAAAAAUCUGCCGACAAAUAGAAAUGAAAGGUAUAAAAUUAAUUAAAAUUGAAACUAAAUUUGUAUUACUUGCGAAAUAAAUGAUUGAACUUAUUUCCAAUAUUCAACGAUGUACAUCUUUCUCUUCAUUUCAUCUUAUUCGUAGGUGACCCGUUGACUCUGCAAGAAGCGUACACGUAUCUCAGAUCACUCGUACCUCCUGACGAGAAAAUGAUCGAGAACCGUCGCUCAAGUCCGACGCGAAGAUCCACGUCCUUUAAUUUUCUCCCAUCGGUAACUAUCCUUCUUCUUUCCCCUCCAAGUUGCAAAUUGUUACUUAAGAAUAUACGGUAGGCGGUGAAUGUAAAAUAAACAAGAUAAGUUCGUCGUUAGGCUUCCCGAGAGUAAUGUAUUGUUAUGUUAUGAUACAGAGAAUAUCUUACAAAGAUUUCACCAUGCACAUCAUGGAUAUUGAGUUGCUGAAGGAAAACUAGGGCUGACAAUUUGAGGAAAUCAGCGCGGUUACUUGCUGUACUCUAAGAGGUUUUUCUUUUAUAACUAUUUACCGCUGUAGCGAGCUUGAUUAAGCGCCAACAAUCGAUAAAAAACGAAAAACAAUAAACGCGGUGUUCCUUUUUUUAAAAUUCAGAUUAAGAGACGCCGGGAAAAAAAAACACUGGCGGACUGGUCUGUCGUUGCAGUCCUUCGUAUAUGUUUCGCGUAAAAAGAUAUACGUGUGCAGGCGCACGAAACUCGAGAAAACAAUAUAAAAGCGGACGACGGACACGUUUUUCCUCUCCUUGUUCCUGUAAUACUGUUCGAUGAAGUCUUCGGCGAGAAGAUCCCAUAAUCAUUAUUUUCAAAAUGUUUACAGUACUUGCGAUUGCCGCGCGUCCUUACUUUCUUAAUCAACUAUUCGUGUGGCCGAAGAGUGGCCCCCCUGCCCGCCGAUCUUACGUUACUUCUUCCAACCUCGCUGGUGCGUUGCGACAAAAUUAAUACAAGCUAUUAAUCGGCUUCUCGGUGUGGCACAGGACUGUCGGCGGAAGGGCUGUUCCGGGUUGUGCUGUGAAAGAAUUAUUUCGUUAAAAAAAAAAAAAAAAAGAACGCCUCGCGA